AUGGGGAGCAGGUCAGGGGCACGGGUGGGCUUCAGUGGAUUCCCGCGGUGCCGGGAACAACCCGUCCUUGCCCUUGGAGCACUGGAGCUGCAUCUGGAGAGUCCUCCCCAGGGAUGGGAAACAGUGGAAUGGAGGGUGUAUCUGGAUGCAGGGCAGAAGCAACGGAUCCUGACGGUGGAGAAGGAUAAACCACAUGGAGCUGUCAAGGGGCACUUUUCCGGGAGAGCCUUUUUCCUGCAGGGAACCCUCACCCUGAACAUCAGCCCCGUCAGCCUGGAAGAUGCUGGGGAAUACAGGGCAGAAUUCUUUGACCCCCCAGGCAUCGUUGCUACCCAGUGCUUCCGUGUGAAGGUCUGGGAACCUGUUCCUCAGCCCCACCUGGAGACACGGGUCCUGCUCCGGGAGCUGGGGCACUGCAACCUGUUCCUGCUCUGCACCUUGCCCGGCACCCAGCACGUCUCCUACAGCUGGUUCUGCUCUGGGGGUCCCUGGGGAGCCCUGGGCCAUCAGCCCCAGCUCAACCUGCAGGUUGAGGAGGAUGUUGAACCCACCGUGUGUCAGUGCAACGUGAGCAACCCAGUGAGCUGGAGCACGAGCAGCACCGACCUCGGGGCCACCUGUGGGACUGCAGGGCAUUUCAGCUUCAUUCCAUAUGGGGUAGUGGCCUUGAUCCUGGUCAUCUCCAUAGUUCUCAUUGUCUUCUUCUGCUGGUGGUGGAGGAAGAGAGGGAAGAAACCCCCAGGAGAAGACAUGGAACAGACCUCGACCAUCUACGCUGAGGUGGGCAAAGGCCGAAGCAGCCGAGACCCCGAUGGCACCAGUGAGGCCACCAGAGGAGAAAGAACCAUCUAUGCUUCCAUCUGCACCGAACCCCAGGGACCAAGACACCCUCAGGAACCUGAGCUCUCCACCAUCUACUCCACAGUUCAGCACAGCAGGAAGUCUUCCUCUGCCAAGAAGAAGAGGCUGGACCCAGCUUUGGUUUCCACUGUCUACACAGAGGUAACAUGUGGGGAGAUGGACCCUCCAAAGCUCAUCAGCUUUUUGAGG